AUGUCGUACCAGUACUCGCAUCAGGAUCACGGUCAUCCGCCUCUACCCGCCGGCUGGGCGGCCCAGUGGGUUCCUGACCAGAAUACUUAUAUUUUCGUCAACGAGAACACCGGCCAGAGGACAUGGCACCAUCCUUCGCAGCCUGCUCCGGGACACUAUGGCGGCGGCGGCGGUGGUACUAGGGAUGUCGGAGGUCCAGGAGGACCGCCUCCUUCAGGCCCAGGCGGCUAUGGUGGUCCCCCUCCAGGUGGCCGGCCUUACGGCGGUCCCUCACCGGGUCCUCAAGGGGGUCCUCCACCGGGCGGUCGAUAUGGUGGUCCUCCGCAAGGCCCAGGUUACGGCGGCGGCCCUCCCCAGCGACCGCAGGGCUAUAGCAGCCCAGCACCGCCUCCACAGCAACAACAAAAGAACCAUAAUCUCGCAUACGGCAUCGGUGGCGGUGUCCUGGGUGCAGCAGUAGGUGCUUGGGCCAUGCACGAACAUGACAAACACGAGGAAGAAGAAAAGGAGCAAGAAUGGCGCGAUGAAGAGCGUCGCAUGCAGGAACGCGAGCGCGCAAGAGAACUCGAACAGCAACGUGAAAUUGAAGCUCAGCGCGAGCAAAUAUACGAAGAGCAGCGUGAGAUUCAGUACGAGCGCGACGCCGCUUAUGCUGCAGAUGUGCGCUACGAGGAAGAACGCCGAUGGGACGAUCAGCAACGGUAUGACGAUGAACGGCGCUUUGCGGCGGAAGAGUAUGUGGAGGAGAGGCGGUUCGAUGAUGAGCAGCGUUUCGUCGACGGGCAGCGCUUUGUGGACGACGUGGAGUUUGUUGAAGAGGAACGCUUUGUAGAGCGAUGGUGA